UACUCGCCCUCUUUACUACCCGGAAGGAAGACUGUUGUGUAGUUUGUUUCCAGGGCUAACACACACACACACACAGACAGGGACCCUGCUGUAUUGUUUUCCCAACAUACUUCCCAGUAAAACAUGUCCGCAGACAUGCCAGCGGCGCUCGGCAGCCUCAACAUGGAGUCGCAGCUUCUGUCCAUCAUGAACGUGUUGGUGAAAGCUGCUGUAGCGGAGAUCGUACAGCUAUUCUCGGAGAGCUCCGAGUCUACGCGGCUGCAUCUCAGCCAGAGUCUGAGGGAGAACGAAAACCUGAGGACGAGGAUGAAGGUGAUGAGGAGUGAGCUGUUUUCCCUGAAGCUCCAAACCAGGACGAACCGACCGGCCAGCCGCUUCUCUGCCUUCAGGGGCAAUGUGACCAAACCUCGGCCAAAACUGCAGGUGUUUAUGAAGCCAACACAGGGUGAUAAAACCGUUCUUGAAACUGCUUCCACUUCUGUUACCCAAACCAAGUCGUCCUCCUCCGCUGUCCAAGUGCAGUGUGCAGAUGUGGACAGUCCAGAGGUCAUUCUGAUCAAAGAUGAGGAUGAUGUUGUAGGAUCUGCGCCUGACAUUGGUCAAAAUAACUUUGAAGAGGAUUGCAUGCAGGCUGCAGGGAAUCAGAGCUUAGACUCAUCCGGCUCAUCCUGCUUGAUCGAUAAUAACAAGCAGCUGAGGAUCGUAAAUGUUCACAGCGUAGGACAGGCGCCUCUACAGGAGGAUAGUGACAUCCUCUUCUCUGCCUCUGAGCUUCAGGCUUUGAGCGUUCUGUCUGACCACAGCAUCCCUACGGAGACGAUUCUUAAUUUCACGAGUGGUGCGAAUGGCCGUGUACCAGUAGGAGCGGUGCAGGAAAACUGUAGUGAAGUGGUGAGAAACAUCCAACAUGAAAGGGAUCCUUCCACUCGGAGAGCUUCAGCAGCAGGGAACCAAGCAUUAAAUUCCCCCACAGUGGAUGCAAAUGGACAGCCCAGCCACUUCUCUCAACAGCACAACGUCCUCCCCAACCCGAUCAGCAAAUCUCUGGACUGCGGCUUCUGUGGCGAGCACUUCCACAGCCGCGAGGAACUUAUCCUGCACCGUGCCGGACACACCGGUGAGGUGCCCAUGCCUUGUUCCUUGUGCAGCAAGACUUUCGCGAACAAGACCACGCUGGCUAUCCACAUGCGAAUUCACACCGGCGAGAAGCCGUACGCCUGCAUGCAGUGUGGGAAACGCUUCACACAGAACGGCAGUCUCAAGAUCCACCUGAGGACGCAUUCUGGAGAAAAGCCGUUCUCGUGCAGCCAGUGCACCGCCAGUUUCAACAACCCAAGCAACCUGCGCAGACACAUGAUCACGCACAAUUCCACCGUAGGGCUGUGAUCUUUAAUUAAGUGGUCAGGAUCUAGAUUUUUUUCUCUUAUGACUUCCUGGAAUAACGUUUUGUUUAUCAUAAUACAACAAACCGCAGCCGCACAGCAGUGUUGCUGAGUCAGAGUUUGACAUUUGGGUUGCAGUGUGAGCAGCAGAGGAACUCCUGACUUGAUCCCUGAAAUGAAAAAAAAAACCCAGAAAUGUGAUUCAAGUAUUUCAGAGCAUUGUUAAUAAGACAUUUAACUUUACAUUUUGUUCUUAUAUUGCAUAUUUAAAGCCCCAGUGUUAAAUACCAAACCAAUCAUACUGCUGGUUGAAGUUAUGUAAUUAAUUAAUUGAAGAACCAUAAAAGCAGGAUAUUAAUUUUAAUCUUUCGACUUCAAUGUCUUGACAAGACGCUGUGUGAACAAUGAUGUUUAAAAUUCAAUAAUUUGGUUACUUCACAGUCAUGGGAAAAAGUUAUGGUGUUGACACACAUUUUGUGAUUAAAUACAGUACAAAAGGUAUCUUUUAUAGGUUGUAACGUAUCACGUAAGACAUUAAUAAAAGUGGCACAAAUACGGGG